AUGGAGAGGGAUCCCCAUAACUUGGAAAUUCAACUCCCUCCUGGUUUUAGAUUCCACCCUUCCGACGAGGAGCUCGUUGUUCACUACCUUAGAAACAAAGUGACUUCACGUCCCCUCCCUGCUUCAUUCAUUGCAGACGUAGAUCUCUAUAAGUUCAACCCAUGGGAGCUUCCAAGCAAGGCUCUAUUUGGAGAGGAUGAGUGGUUUUUCUUUACUCCGAGGGACAGAAAGUAUCCGAAUGGAUUGAGGCCUAAUAGAGCAGCCGGGUCAGGUUAUUGGAAGGCUACGGGGACUGAUAAACCUAUUCUUACUUCGUGUGGAAUGAAGAGCAUUGGAGUGAAGAAAGCCCUUGUGUUCUACAAGGGACGUCCCCCUAAAGGAUCUAAAACCGAUUGGAUCAUGCAUGAGUAUAGGUUGCUUGAUUCAAUGAUCUUCAGUUACAAGCAAAGAGGGUCUAUGAGACUGGAUGAUUGGGUGUUGUGCAGGGUUCGUCGAAAAAUCAGCAGCCCAAGAAACACCUGGGAAGAGUCGAAUGAACCUAGUUACGAGCCUGCAAGCUAUUUUAAGAAUUAUGAGAGUCCUGAUCCUGAGGAAACUGACAAAACCCUUGUGUUCAAUGAAUUUCCCAUGUUGCCAUACAUUCUAGCAUCCGAGACGAAUACUCUUCCUUCCACGGGAAAUGCAUCAUCAAGCUUAAGCAAUCAGCGUUAUGGUAAUGCUUUUGUCUAUGAAGACACCUCAAACGUAGAAGAACAGUUCUCAGAAUCUGCUGUUGAGAGCUUGAAGAGAAAACUCUAUGAACAAAACCAAAUGGACCUUUAUGAUUCUCCUCCCUUUAAGAAGCCAUUAAGAGAGGAAGAUAAUGAGAGGGACAUGCUAGACAUAGACGUAAGCAAAAGCUGCACCAGUGGUUUCAACAUCUUUGAUCAUUGGAAUGCCAUCAUACAGCCUCAAGAGCUUAAUAACUUGGCCUUUGCAGGAUAUAUUUGA